AUGUGUGCUGGAUUCAAUGCAACGGAAGAAUUAGUUUUAACCAUCCAAUUUUUGAAACGUGAUCAUAAUGCGCUGCAAUCACAAUCCGUUAGACAGCGAGCAAUGGCAUUUAUUAGACGAUUAGAAACAUUAUGCAAUGAAUUAGAGUCCAAGCAGACUGUUAAUCAUUUGACAUACAACGAACAGCCACGUGUUUAUCCAUCAACAUCGAACGAUGACGAAGUGGAUUCAUGUUCAGCUGAAACAUAUACGGCUAAAGAUGAUGUACCUGUGACUACGAGUGAAAGAAAUGACGAGAAUCAAACAUUGACAACAGCGACCAACAGUUUUCUUACGGAGACAAUUCUUCCCGCAAGUGCUGUCCCUACUCCUGUUCCUUCUACUCUCCCAUCAAAUGAACCAAAAGAACAAGAAAUAAUGCCAUUCAAUCGUGAUCUCCUUUGUUCAACUUCCGGCGAAGAGAAGAGAGAUUCUUUAUCUAGUGCAGUAGCAACUUCGUCUCCAUUGCCAACAGAAACGGAGAAAGAACAAUCGUGUACAACAAUAACCAAUAACAAUGAACACUUCAAUACCACUUCAAACAAAGUAUGGUCAGAAUAUACAGUGGAUAAACUACUUGAAAUACAUGACCGAACCAGGGAUAAGCCUGAUCGUAAAGCUAUUAAAAAAGAAUUAAGUCGCCGCUGUCGCGGAAAAUCGACCGGCUAUUUGUCUUAUAACGAUCUGAUGAUUUACAGUAAAGAAUUAAUAAAAUACCACAAUACACCAGCACUGGAACUGAACACUUACAUCAGAGAUGUAGCAGAUCAAAUAUGUAAUUUAACAGAUGAAGAUCCAAUAAAUAUUAACCAAGUGCCAAAAGAGUUAUUGCUUCAAUUACUUGCAUUAAAUAUUUCAUCCGACUUAAGUAAGAACCACUGAAAAAGCUGUAUGUCGGCAAUUCUUUAUUGUUCAUUUAUACCUAUUCAUUUAGCUAUUAAUAUUGUCAUCUUUCUUUCUGAAUAAACUUGAAUCCCAAAAUUAAAUCGGAUAGCGAGAACCGGAGCUUUGAUAAUAGAUAAGUUGUUCGUGUGGCUGUGGCUAUGGCUGUGGGUGUGAGUGUGGGUGUGGGUGCGGGUGUGGGUGUGUGAGUGGGUGUGGGCGUGGGUGGAUGUAGGUGUGGGGUGUGGGUGGGUGUGUGUGGGUGUGGGUGGGGUGUGGGUGGGUGUGGGUGGGGUGUGGGUGGGUGUGGGUGGGGUGUGGUUGUGGGUGUGUGGGUGUGGGUGGGUGUGGGUGGGUGUGGGUGUGGGUAUGAGUGUGUGGGUGUGGGUGUGGGUGUGGGUGUGGGGUGUGGGUGUGGGGUGUGGGGUGGGGUGUCGGUGGAUAUGGCUGUGAGGCGAUGACAUCGACAGCCGCAGCUACAGCGAAGAGUCACA